CUUGAAUUAAUUUACCAGAUUUUCUGCAGCAAAUUGGCAAAUUACUUGUUUACAUUGGUCUGGAAUCUAAAAUGAGCUGGUUGUAAAAAAUGUUUCUCUGGAUAUAUGUAUGGUUUUACUUCACAAUCACGCUGACUUCCGUGUUUGUUGGGGCGCAGUUUGCAACUGAAACAUGUGUGGAGGCCAGUCAUACACAGAAAAGCUCGCGGCUGGAUUGCACAGACGGAUAUAUCUCUGAUGUCACCGUCAAAUCUGGAAUGGGGAAAUGCAAGCAAACAGGGGGUGGAUGUUUAGGUAUGACACCAGCUUUGAUGGUUAACAGCAUGAAUUGCUAUUGGCACAACACUUGCUUGAUAAACUGGCCACAGGACCCAAUUGUCUUUACGGAACCUGAUGUGACUGACCGCACAUGUUUGGGAAUGGAACCAGCUUUCAUGAGGAUCCGCUACAACUGUUUCAAGCCGACUGACCACCAGGAAGAUUAUGGUUAUGUUAAGUUGUCAGGAAAUGAUGUUCAACCUAAAAGACUUCUUAUCGACAUGUGCAGUGACCUGAAAGAUGGGAAGUCUGUUUACACGAGAAAUGGAGAUUCUCAUAUGGCUGGGAUUAUCCGGAGCCACAAACUCCAUCCUUGGAACUAUUCAAAUCAGCCUAGAAAAUGUUCAGUGAAGAUCUAUUGGCCAACAGGACAAAGGCUUGUGGUAACAAUUCAAAACAUAGAUCUAAGUGAGGACGACCAACUUAUUAUUGGAAAUAGGGGUAGGGUGCCAGUUAAUGUUUCUUCCUCGGAAACUUUCAGUUUCUCAAACGGAAGCAUUACGACAAUCGUGUUUAAUGUUGGAGAAGAGUCAAACAGUGGAAAAGGCUUCAUACUUUGCUUCAAAUUUAUAUCUGAUGAGGAUCAAGGCAUCAAGAAUGCGUGUGAGAGUAUUAUGACAAAUGGCAUGAUAACUAAUUUGAAACCAGACAUGGACGAUCCAGAUCCUCUAUCGCCGCACCAAGAUAAGAUGACCACAUCUACAAUCACCACACCUGCAAUUAUUACACCUGCAGUUAACAAUCCAUCAAUACCAAAACGUUGUCUGCAAAAGAAGACUGAAAAGGCCAGAUUAAGAUGUGCUAAGAGGCGUAACGGCAAGGGACGAAAUGGCAAGAAGAAAAAACAAGGAAAACGAAAUAAAAGAAAGAAAGACAAAAAAAGAUCGAGGAAAAAGACAACAUAAUAUUGACGAAGAAUUGAAGCGAUUAAUAGGAUACACUCAAUAAAUAUAAACAUAUUUUGACACCAUUUUAUAUCCAAAAUAAAGUGUUGUGUG